UCCGAAACUAUCCUGGUUUCGGUCAAUUCAAUUUUCCUUCUUUAUCAAGCUACGUCUUGUCUCUGUUCCAGUAUUUAGGACAUCCCGAUGCCCAGCUAAAGGAUACAACUUUUAUGCUGCUCAAUUAUCAUAGGCGGAACUUGAUGAAGACAAUGACCUUUGGCAGCACUCGGAGCUCAAAAGUGCACAAAACAUCGCGUGACGUCAGCAUUGGCACCGUGCCCCAAACACGAACUGAACAACAUUGAAACAGGUCAGAAUGUGAUAUGAUUUCUAUGUUGAAGAGAAUCAUAGUUCAGAAGCGUGUAAAUAUGCCACCUUUACUGUGUAAAGUAAGCAAGCCGAUCGGUUUCGGUGCGUUUUGGGGUUGAUUUUGUCAGUAGGUGAACUAUAGCAACGCUGGGAGGAAGUAACGCUUCAAUGCGUGUAAAUAGCUGGUGCCCAGCGCCGGCCAAAGGCACAGUGCCCUACAGUGCCCAGCGCUCAGCCUUCAUGUCAUGAUCAAAGCCCGGCAACAAGCGCUCAGCACAGAACGUGGUGAAGAGAGUCAACAAUUUAGCUAGAAGAUGUUAAUGAUAUUUGUUUUGAUUGAAUGGUGCCUAUAUAUAGCGUUAUAUAACGGUUAUUUUGCUAAAUCAUGACUGUUAAACGGCAUUCACAGUAGAGAUGGAGGCAAUACAAGAUGCAACCUUGGACAGUGAAGAAAGUGUUACCGCCGGACUGCAGGCCCUUUCUCUCUCGACACCUGCGGUUGACCCGGAGGCACAAGCACUUCAAGCAAAGGUUCACAACGCCAAGGAUCCUGCGUCACAAGACUACGUCAAACGGGCUUUCCUACAAUUCUCACGAAGUCUCACUUGGCAGGAUGACACAGCGCAGCAGGAUGGGGCGCAUGUCGUUACCUUUUCCCCCCUCGACUCCCAAGUUGUGAGCAUGUCCGCCAUAUGCGGACAGUGGUGUCGCGCCGUGGAAGCGGGGAAGCCCUACUGGCUGGAAAUCCCCCCGAACCAGCUGCUGACGAUGGAGCGGUCGUCACCGAAGCCGACACAACUGACGUCUCUGCAAGUCUUGGAUGUCGCCAGGGUCUCUUUCGGAUGUUUCCUCGAUCACAGCACCUUCAUCAGCCACUGGACGGAUGAAUAUGAUGACUACGAUGAGUUGUACUCGCAGUACAUGAAACUGCACCUGGAACACGACAUCCAGUCCUUGUCUCUGUACCUCUGUGUCGACAUUCCCUACGAAGACACCGGAGGUCCGACAGAGAAGCUGAUCAUCCCCUACUCCGGCAUUGAAAAUUUCGUCCUCGUGUGUUCUCGCAACAGCGGAGACUUGAUGUUGUUCUUUCCGCUCAAUAGCGUGCCGCGUUGUUUCAAAGAAAAGACGAGCACAAACAGGUUUGGCGACGAGUUCGUCCAGGAGGACAGGAUUCUAUCCUUCUCCUCCUGUACUCCUGACAUUAUGGGUUCCAGCUCGGUACUAGCGGUGCACAUAAUUGACAAGUCCGCAGACGGCUCCGUCACAGAGGACGUGCUGCACAGGCUGCAAAAGGUCGGCUUUGACAUCUACUUUUCGUCGACAAGGGUUGAAGAGGCCCGACAAUCCACAGCUGGUCUGGACAGAGUGAAUGACUUCAGGGACUUUUCAGUGACGUAUGCAUUGCAGUGCCUGCUGUCCAGGGGAUACAAAGUCUCGGACCGUGUCCUGCCGUCGUUUUUCUCCAACUUGGAAGCCGCCGUAAGACAAGACCCAAUCGCCACAGCUGCCGCUCUCCACCAGGUGGCAGACGGUUGGGUCGACAGGGACUGCUUCUGUGACUUGGAAGCGGCAUUUCUAACAGAGCUGGAUGUGGCGCGUACUGUGGGGAGCCAAAACGACGCGGACGACCUCCCCGACCACUACGUCUACGCGAGGAAGGUGGUGGUCACGCCCACUCAAAUGCUGUUCCUCAAACCCGAGCCCAUCGUCGAGAACAGGGUGGUUCGAGAAUACGGCGUCGACAACUUCAUCCGUGUCGCUUUUCGAGACGAAGACUUCAACAAGCUAACAGCUCCGAACCCCAACUCCAUCAAGUGCGUGACUUCACGGGUGAAGGACGUCCUACAGAGAGGAAUCAGGAUAGGAGGACGCCAGUUCGAGUAUCUCGGUUCCUCCAACAGCCAGAUGAGGGAGCACGGGUGCUGGAUGUACUCGGCUGCGGGCGGGAUGACGGCGGCGGCGAUCCGCGGCUGGAUGGGGGACCUGUCCCACGAGCGCUGCGUGGCCACGUACGUCUCACGGCUGGGCCAGUUCUUCUCCUCGUCUCGGGAUGCAGUCAAAGUUAGCGUCGAGGACCGGAGCGUCGCCUUGAUCGGUGACGUCAUGUCAAGUUCCAGGGAAUACACGUUCUCCGACGGCAUCGGAAAAAUCUCCGUCCCACUUGCUGAAAAGGUCGCGGAUGCUCUGGGCGUCUCUCCUGUCCCUUCUGCCUUCCAAAUUCGGUACGGCGGCUGUAAGGGCGUGCUGGCGCAGGACCCCACCCUGGGCGACACGGACCUCAUCCACAUUAGGGACAGCAUGAAGAAGUUCGACUCCGAGCACAAAACUCUCGAGGUGACGUCCGUCACCACCCCAGGUGCCCUGAGUCUGAACAGACAGGCCAUCACGCUGCUGUCUGGUCUCGGCGUGCCCGACGCGGAGUUCUUCAAGUUACAGGAGCGCGUGCUCAACCAGCUGGCGGAGAUGCUGCUUCUGGACGCCGCGGCUGUCAAGGCGCUGUCUGGCGCCCGGGUGGGCAUAAAUUUCCAGGCCCUCCACAACAGCGGCAUCUCGCUGACGACGGAGCCGUUCUUCCGGUCGAUGUUGUUGGCUGUCUACCGGAAUCAGAUGGGGGAACUCCUCCGGCGUACCCGGAUACAACUCCCUGCUGGGGAGGGCCGGAUCAUGAUGGGGACGAUGGACGAAACCGACAGGUUGCAGUACGGACAAGUUUUCCUCCAGUACUCUCGGGACACAGACAAGGCACAGGCAGAGAAAGUCGUCCACGAAGGUCAGGUCACCGUCACUAAGAACCCCUGCUUCCACCCCGGGGACAUGCGGAAGUUCACGGCCGUGGACGUACCGGAGCUCCGCCACAUGGUCGACUGCAUCGUCUUCCCGUCGCGUGGACGCCGCCCCCACCCCGACGAGAUGUCCGGGUCCGACCUGGACGGCGACAUGUACUUCGUGACGUGGAGGGAAGGCCUUAUCCUACCGAGAGAGAACGUCCCAGCCAUGGACUUCACCGCGCAGCCGAAGAAGGUUCUUUGCCGGCCCGUCGACGUGUCGGACAUGAUCGAGUUCUUCGCCGAGUACAUCAAGAAUGACCAGCUGGGGCUGAUCGCGAACGCCCAUCUCGUCCAUGCAGACAAGGAGACUAAUGGCAUCUUCUCACAGAAGUGUAAGGAACUGGCGCAGCACCAUUCAGACGCGGUUGACUUCCCGAAGACUGGCCAGUGCCCCGAGCUGAAGGGAGAUCUCAGACCCGACAAGUACCCCGACUUCAUGAUGAAAUCAGACAAGCCACAAUACCGAUCGGAGAAGAUCAUCGGGAAGUUGUUUCGCCAGUGUCAGGCCCUGGAUAAUGCGCAGCGCUUUAGCCCUGAUCCGGUCGUGGAAGACGACAGGGUUGACCAAGACUUGUUCCGCGAGGGGUUUCAGUCUUACACCGACGACGCACAGGCGCAACUGAACAUCUACAACACAAAGAUAAGGUCCAUCAUGUCUCUGUACGGCAUAGCCAGUGAGGGAGAGGUAGUGUCAGGCUGCAUUCUCAAGGUCAAGCAGCGACUGGGUCUCCUGAGGAACGAGCGUUUCGAAGUCACUGAAUACGUCAGGGCGAGGUUCAAGACUCUUUGGAGGAAGACUCGUGCUGAGUUCUUCCGACAGUUCGAAGAGGACGAGUUACCCUCGGACAGACGCAGGGAAGAGCAGCUGAAGAAGGCCUCGGCCUGGUACGUGGUCACCUAUUCUGACGACUACAGCAACAAACCCCACGGAGCAUCGCCCAAACUUCUCAGCUUCCCCUGGGUGGUGCAUGACGUACUGGGAGGUCUGAAGAAGAGCGCUCAUGGGCUGGAGCCAGGAGAAGUCUACCAGGAAGACAUGAACAAGGCCGUCGUGUCCAUCUCCAGAAGCGUGAAGGGACACUCUGAUUUUCAACUCACACGAAUCCAAGAGGCCCGAACGAAACAGGAAGAACUUUUUCGAAAAAUACAGGCGGAAAUUGAAAGUUUUGUGGAUGGCGUCAAACUCACACUGAUCGGUCCCGGCCUGACGAGGAUUUGUGACGACAACUCAACAGUUGAAAUCUUCAUUUCACAAGACGACGGCGCACAGGAGGAAGACGUCUCCGACCAGCAAAUGCUCAAUUCAGUUUUCCAUGCCAUUAAAUCUAAGCUGAAGGAGGCCACUCACGUAAAAGCAGGGGAGGGAUUGACGUUUCUGUUCAAAACAGGACCAAGAACAAAGUCGACAGUCCACAUGACGUCCUCGCUGCUCUACCUAAGGAGGACGGCUUACAUCAACCUCCACACAGCACGGCGCCCGGACCUACUGGCGGUGAUACAUGUUUUAAUGGACUGGGCACGGAAGUUUCGCAUCUGCGGAAAGAGCAGAGACGACAUCGUCCCGGAGGAGGUCCUUAUUCUGCUGUUUCUGAGCUUCGCGGAAACGCACGGCUUCAUCCCAAAAGUCCUGGAUCCGGAUACUCAGGCGGAAAGUCAGGCGAUCAUCAGAGGCAGUCCCUCAACGCCACCAGCAGGUGACCACUCCACGGUUGAUGGAGUUUUGCUGCUGAAGUUCUUUGAACACUUCAGCUCCAUCUCCAAGGAGGAGUUGCUGAAGCUAUCAGACCCGUCGACGAGUGUAUCCCGACCGUUGCUUGAGCACAUCUCCCAGGCUAAAAAGAAGAAGCUGCGAGACAACAUGCUUCACGCCUACCAUGACGUGGCACAGUCCGCCGGAGUGCUCGGCCUCCUCGGUAGGCAGAUGACGACGCCGGGACACCUGGUCCUGAACCUGUCUCGAGAAAGUUUCGGUUCUGUCAUGCACGCGGAAGAGUUCAAUGCGAUUCGCCUUUCGGACAAGACGGGAGCGCAGGUCGCCAUCAGGCGCCGCAUGUUCCGGGACACAGUGGGCCUCAUCCUGGAGGCGUGGGGCGAUCAGGAGGCUCUCAGGCGAGUUGAGGAGGAAGUCGAACAGAUGGAAAUGAAAUCCAAACAUGUUGUUCCUACCUUUUCUCUACAACAUUCGUACGUCGAAGGAGGGCAUACCGUGUUGUUUGAAGGCUAUGCGUCGCCAAGUGGCAAGAUCAGGAUCCAGUCUUAUAACGGGGAAAGAAAUCCUGACCAUGACAAGAAAACAUUGGCCUCGCCUUACCUGUUACCAGGCAGUACAGGAGAGAACGGCGCCGAUUUUGAUUUGUUCCUGAAAACCGUGCGGCGACAGGGUAAGCGUGUAAGUGACGAUCACGACGAAUCAAUGCACGGCGAACUGAGGGCGAUCGCGCGGUACGGCAAUGUGUACAUGUACAACACGUCACACGUGCCGCCAACGAUGACCGUUGAAGAGUUUGACCGUGACCUGAACAAGGGCCACCGGACUGCUGAUGACUUCCUCAGUGGCGCCAAUGCCGACGGCAUGAGAGGUCGGGGUCGUGGCCGAGGGAGGGGGCGAGGACGGGGGAUGGGCAGGGUCACCAACCCCUUUAUGCGUCAUUCGUUUAUCCCGUCCGCGGCCACGAAGGACGUCCUGCAGAAAUUCAUGGAAACGUUCAACUUUGAGGAGUUCACGCGCACAGAGAAAUACAACGUGUCCUGCAGGUUUGAGCGGCGCGUGGAAAACACUUUCAUCCUUGACAAGGAUCUGAAGUUCCUCGAGUACCGGCUGUCCGAUGUGAAGUGGAUGGCGUUGGACCUCAAGCGGCGCCCCAGAAGCAGCAUCCAUCCUUUCGGGACCGACAUCCGCUUCAAAAUUCAAUCACGUCGCAUUCUGAGGGGAGACGAACUCGAGAAGAGCGAGGAGUACAGGAAAUUCUUGGACCCCAACCACAAAGUCUUGGAGCAAGGGCACGGCUACGGUCUUCGAGAUCUCCACGGAGAACCAAGCCUCCAGAUCCACCCUGACUACAGAGGCAAGGUCCACUUUGCCCGGAGAAAGCUCAUCCGUAGGUUCCGGGCAGCUGAUGACGUCCAGCACAGCCGCUUCAGGACGGAUGUAGAGGUGCGCCUGACCGAGGUGUGUGAGUACUCUCGCCCGGACCCCAGCGGACGUUUCAGCAGCGUCAUCCCCGGCCGGCAGGAGGUCACGGUCAUCCCGCCGCUGCCUGACUGGACCAGCCCCGAGGAGGUGGAGACCUUCGCGCGGGAAUAUUGGCAGUUCUGUCUCGAGCUCGGAGACACCUUGUAUCCGUAAAUGUACAUUCGUGUACGUUUGGGGCG